AUGGCAGCCCCUUCAGUCAUUGUGGUCGGCGGUGGUCUGUCUGGCCUCAGUGCUGCUCACACAGUCUACUUAAACGGUGGCAACGUCCUCGUUUUGGAUAAGCAAGCCUUCUUCGGUGGCAACUCUACCAAGGCUACUUCCGGCAUUAACGGUGCGCUUACCCGCACCCAGACCGACCUCGGUAUUCAAGACAGUGUCAAGCAAUUCUACGAAGACACCCUCAAGUCCGCCCGUGACAAGGCCCGCCCCGACCUCAUCAAGGUCCUUACCUACAAGUCCGCCGCUGCCGUCGAGUGGUUGCAGGAUGUCUUCAACCUUGACCUCACUCUUGUUUCUCGAUUGGGCGGUCACACACACCCCCGUACUCACCGUGGUCACGAUGCCAAGUUCCCCGGUAUGGCCAUCACAUACGCCCUCAUGCAGCGUCUUGAGGAGCUUGCCGAGGCCGAGCCCGGUCGUGUUCAGAUCGUGAAGAAGGCCCACGUCACCAAGGUUAACAAGUCUGGUAACCACGUUACCGGUGUCACCUACACUACCGGUGGUGAGGAAAAAUCCGUCGAUGGUAUCGUCAUCUUGGCCACCGGUGGUUACGCUGCUGAUUUCAGCGAGACUUCCCUGCUCCAGAAGCACCGUCCCGAUACUUAUGGUCUCUCCUCUACCAACGGCACUCACGCUACUGGUGAUGGUCAGAAGAUGUUGAUGGCCAUUGGUGCCAACGGUAUUGAUAUGGACAAGGUCCAGGUCCACCCCACUGGUCUCGUGGAUCCCAAGGAUCCCGGUGCCAAGUUCAAGUUCUUGGCCGCCGAGGCCCUCCGUGGUGAGGGUGGUCUUUUGCUCAACUCCGAUGGUCAACGCUUCUCUGACGAGUUGGGUCACCGUGAUUACGUCUCCGGUCAAAUGUGGAUCGAGAAGGAGAAGGGCAAGUGGCCCAUUCGUCUGGUGCUCAACAGUAAGGCUUCCAAGGUCCUUGACUUCCACACUCGUCACUACUCUGGCCGUGGCUUGAUGAAGAAGAUGACCGGCAAGGAGUUGGCCAAGGAGAUUGGCUGUGGUGAGGCUGGCCUCCAAAAGACUUUUGACGAGUACAACCUCAUCGCCGAUGGCAAGAAGAAGGACCCCUGGAACAAGAAGUUCUUCCACAACAUGCCCUUCAACGUCGACGACGAAUUCCACGUCGCUUUGAUGGAGCCCGUUCUCCACUUCACCAUGGGUGGUAUCGAGAUCAACGAACACGCCCAGGUCCUCAACUCCGAGCAGAAGCCUUUCGAGGGUCUCUACGCUUGUGGUGAGUUGGCCGGUGGUGUCCACGGUGCCAACCGUCUCGGUGGUUCCUCCCUGCUGGGCUGUGUCGUCUACGGUCGUGUUGCCGGUGACUCUGCCAGCCAGCACCUCUUCAAGCAGCUCAUCAGCAACGGUGGCUCUUCCUCUGCCAGCCAGCGUCUUGGCCAGAUCUCCCUUCACAUCGAUCCCUCCACUCCCGGCAAGAUCUCCGUCGAGUGGGGCGCUGCCGCCGCCGGUGGCAACCUUCCCACCCUGGCUGCUGCCCCUGCUGCUGCUGCUGCUUCCACCGCUGCUGCUCCCGCCGAGGAAGCCAAGGCCGCCAAGCCCGACCCUGCCAACUUCCAGAUCCCAGAGAAGGAGUACACCAUGGAGGAAGUCGCAAAGCACAACAAGAAAGACGAUCUGUGGAUCGCUGUCAAGGGCAUCGUCCUUGAUGUGACUAACUGGCUUGAUGAGCACCCCGGUGGUGCCAAUGCUUUGUACAACUUCAUGGGUCGUGACGCUACUGAGGAGUUUGCUAUGCUUCACGACGAUGAGGUCAUCCCCAAGUACGCCGCCCAGACUGUUAUCGGUCGUAUCAAGGGCCAAAAGCCUAGCCUGGAGCUGUAG